CAUCCGGGUUUCCAUGCAGCCUGCGCUGCUCUCCUCUCAGAAGCCAUUUUGGACUCAGUUCAGUUUCUUGCAUGUCAAUUUCAGACCCUGUCUCUGUGGUUACUGAGUCUUUUAGGGGAUAUAGGGAGACACUGGUAAUAACCCAGGCGAAAGAAAAAGCCCGAUUCUUUUUAAAAAAAAAACACAACGUCCCCAUCUUAUCGACUGGAAUAAAUUCUCUCCCGAUGGAUUUUCAGAUUUUUUAAAGUUUUUUGCCCCCACCCCUUUCUUUAUAGCAUUGCAAUUUUGUUGCAUUGGGUUGUACACACAAAAGCAAAGCAAACUCUCCGUGCGGCGGACAACGGAGACCGCGGGUCAUUCGGCUCGAUCUUUUUAAAUGUUCAGGAAGGAAAGGCGAUCAGGACGGAGAUCUGCUGCGUUUCGCUCACAUUGAAGGAAUAUGUUUGCGCCCUGGCUCACUUUUGCACUUCUUUGGGGAACUUUUUGUGCAGGGCAAAGCCAUGGUAACACAGAGACCAGGGUGUGCGUCUUCUACAACGGCAGCUGGGAGGUGGAGAAGACCAACCAGAGCGGCGUGGAGCGCUGCGAGGGCGAGCGGGACAAGCGCUCCCACUGCUACGCCUCCUGGCGGAACACCUCAGGCACCAUCGAGCUGGUGAGGAAGGGCUGCUGGCUCGAUGACUUCAACUGCUACGACAGGCAAGAGUGUGUGGCCACAGAGGAGAACCCCCAGGUCUUCUUCUGCUGCUGUGAGGGUAACUACUGCAACGAGAGGUUCACCCACAUGCCCGACGCCAACGGGACUCCGGUGAAGAUCAGGCCUCCCCCCCCCACGCCCUCCCUGCUCAACGUGCUGGUCUACUCCCUGCUCCCCAUCGCCGUGCUCUCCAUGGCCAUGCUCCUGGCCUUCUGGAUGUACCGCCACCGCAAGCCUCCAUAUGGCCAGGUCGACAUCAGUGAGGAUCCUGGCCCACCCCCACCUUCCCCUUUGGCCGGGUUGAAACCCCUGCAGUUACUUGAGAUCAAAGCCAGGGGGCGCUUUGGCUGCGUGUGGAAGGCCCAGCUGCUGAAUGAAUAUGUAGCCGUCAAAAUUUUCCCCAUUCAGGACAAGCAGUCGUGGCAGAAUGAGCGGGACAUUUUCAUCACCCCGGGGAUGAAACACGAGAGCAUCCUGCGCUACAUCGCUGCCGAGAAGAGAGGAACCAACUUGGAGAUGGAGCUGUGGCUGAUCACCGAGUUCCAUGAGAAGGGCUCCCUGACAGAUUACCUCAAGGGUAACGUAGUGAGCUGGAAUGAUUUGUGCCACAUUGCGGAGACCAUGUCCUGUGGGCUGGCCUACCUGCACGAGGAUGUGCCUCGCUGCAAGGGGGAGGGCCCCAAACCUGCCAUCGCUCACAGGGACUUCAAGAGUAAGAACGUGAUGUUGAAGGGAGACCUGUCUGCGGUCAUCGGGGACUUUGGACUGGCCGUCCGCUUUGAGCCCGGCAAACCUCCGGGAGAUACACACGGUCAGGUGGGCACCAGGAGGUACAUGGCCCCCGAGGUGCUGGAGGGUGCUAUCAACUUCCAGAGGGACGCCUUCCUGAGGAUAGACAUGUAUGCCCUGGGCUUGGUGCUCUGGGAGCUGGUGUCACGGUGCAAAGCUGCCGAUGGCCCUGUUGACGAGUACAUGCUGCCCUUCGAGGAGGAGAUCGGCCAGCACCCGUCGCUGGAGGAUUUGCAGGAGGUCGUCGUCCACAAGAAGAUGCGGCCAUCUUUCAAGGACUGUUGGCUGAAACAUGCCGGCCUGAGCCAGAUGUGCGAGACCAUCGAGGAGUGCUGGGACCAUGAUGCGGAGGCGCGGCUUUCGGCCGGCUGCGUGGAAGAGCGCAUUAACCAGAUCAGCAGGCAGAGCAACGCGCCUACCUCAGACUGCCUGGUCUCCAUGGUGACCUCGCUCACCAACGUGGACCUGCCAUCCAAAGAGUCCAGCAUCUGAGUCCGCGUCUAUUGGACCAGGCGGGCUGACAGGGGAAAACGACGACAAGGAAAAAAUCACCAAGAACAACAGGAACCUUCAUCUUUCCAGACUCAGUGGAUCUCCGUAAACUAUGAAAAACAUGCAGCUGCUAUAUUUUUUUUUCCCCUGAAGUUUUGUUUUGUUUGUUUUACAUUUUUUAAAUAUUACCAGCACACUUUUCUGCUGUAUUUUUACAUGGCUGAGAGGGGAGAAACAAAGCAGGCAGAACUUGCAUCUCGAUGGCAUUCAGCUGCCGACUCAUGAAUGAUGAACAAGGUGCAGGUACCUCAUUUUGAACUUUAGUUUUUUUAAAAUGAUUUUUGAGUUGUUCGCUUGCGUUCCUGUUGGCGUUUCUGUCUUUCUGGACAGGACUGCCUGUGGUAAGAGAACCCAGACGUACCACAAGCCAGCUCUCCGACUCUGGACAUUGACACAAUGCCGCAGAACCCUUGGGGAACCAUAAGACUGUUACCACUCAAUUCCUCCAGGGGGCGAAAACUCCAGGGUUUUCCUUUUUUUUGCUGAAAGUGAGUGUUUAACGAAAGUAAUGGUGAAUAACGUGUCUUUUACGGAAGGAACGGGUGUCACUGGAACACAAGAGGGCAACUGGACUAAUUUAUAUAAUUGUUUUAUUGUUGUUGCUAGCAGGCUGGUACUUUCAAGGGGUUAGUUAAGCAUUUUUUUUUUAUUAUUUUUUUUUUUUUUAAACGGAAAAUUUUGCAGCGUUUCCAGAAAACGUGCUGUUGGGUUUGGGACGACUUCUUCUCAGGUAACGUCUCGUGGAGCAGAGCUUUGGAGCUGCGAUGUUGUUAGUGUCAGUGGCAAGUCGGUUUAUUAUGAGAGCCAGGCUGUCUGCAGGGGGGACCGCAGGGCAAGCGUACGGUGGCUGUAGGUGCCCAAACAGAACUAAAUCCUAGACACCCACACAUUCUGUGUGUGUGUGUGUGUGUGUGUGUGUGUGUGUGUGUGUGUGUUGUCAGAGAGGAAAGAGAGUUUUAAAAAGCCCAUAGAAUUAGAAUAAUGUGAUCAGAUAAAUUAACUGUCUAAUGUUAAUCUUUUUCCACCCUGUAAAAUUAACAUUUUUCUUAAGCAAAUGAGCCAAAGGCCCAGUCUUUUUUUUUUGUGGGGCGGGGGGGGGUGAGUGUCAGUCCUUGGGAAAGCCUGUCUAGGGUGAGACAAACUUUUAACAGGACUAAGGACCUCGGUCAUUUGGUGUUCUGUCCCCAUGUAUUACCUUGCAUAGGGACAAAAGCUUGGUCAUUGUAUGGGAGGUCCUGUGUCAUGGGGGGAGGUGCAGAGAGGCCGGCUGGCAGAACCUAGACCUCGCCACGUAACGUCUCGUACGCGCAUCUCGCUCAUGAUCCGCACGCAUCGAUUUUGUCUUAAAUCUGGCGCUUAAAAUGUGAAGGAUGCCAUACAACAACAGUGAAUGUCAGAUGUAUGCUGCUGUAUCAACUCAAAGAUGAAUAUAUAUUUCUAUAUAUAUAUAAAGUAUAUACUUUGUUUUCUUUGCAAGGCGGGCCGCUCUCUUUACAAGAAGCUUUCAAAUGCAAACACUUUCUGAAUAGAAAAAAAGGCUUCCAAGGUGAAACGAAACAAAUUGAAAUUUAAAAUUUAAUAUAACAUUUAAAAAAAAAAAAAGAUGGUUCUUUUAGACCACAUACCACCUCAAACCAGAAAUACCUCAGAUUUUUCUACGUAUAUCGGUUUAUUAUAUAUUUUGUUAGUUGUCUUGUCUUGUAGUAGAUAUAUAUUAAAUAUAUAUAUAUAUAUUUUAAUGUAAGUUGACUUUUAUGACUAAGGAUUUUUUGGGUUAAAAAAAAAAAGUUCCAAAAUUUUUUAGAAAGUGCUACCAUUUUAUGUUGUAUACAAAAGAAGAUGUAAAUAAGUGUACACAGUUGUAGAAUACAGCCUGCGUGAAAUACCUGGGCAUUAUUUCACUUAAUUUCCGUAUGUUUUUAGUCAUGCCUGUUAUGUAAAGGGACAGUGGACCUUUUAAGGUGCUGUUUUUCAGACGGAGUGCAUCUGUCGUUAACUCGCCAACUGCGGUACUGGAACAGCUGCAAUUAAAUGCUGCGUCGCAUUUUUAAAUUUCUGUAAAAGCUGUGAAGUCACUGUACAGAUGAAUUCUUUGGUCAGCCUCGGGGAGGGGUGGGGGGGGGGCUGACUCUUUUAUAAUCCCACGCUCUCUGAUUGCAGCUGUUCCCCGCGUCUCAGCUCUUGGCACCCAGGCUAAUGUGAACGUUAUACUUUUAAUGAUGCUGUGAAUUGAUUGGCUCUCCAUACAGCCCAAUAAGUUUCACUGUCCCUCCUCUCCAUGGUGUUCAUCUGUCCCCCCCCCCCCCC